AUGCAAUUAAUGGGAGACCAAAAUUAUAUCCGGUUGCCACUAAAACAACAACCUUUAGAGUGGUGUAAAAUAGUUAAACGGAGCUCGUUUAUCAAAUAUGAUGAUCAAUCUGAGGAUGUAUUACGUGAUGUAUGCAAUUUACAGUUACUUGAAAAAUUACGAUUAUUGAACGAGAGAACCAACUAUCGAUAUUUAGGAUUCUAUAAGUACUUAAAAGCGAUACAUGAUUUAUUUCAUGUUUACGAUGACAAAAAUCAUGAUGGAACAUCUUCACACAAUUUGCACGAAGUGUUGCAAGUUCUUAAGGAAAAUUUGGACUAUUUGAAUGAGUGGGAUACCGUUUUCCAAGACGUCAUUAUUUCCAAUAAGAAUAAUAAUUUUACAUUAUCCGGAACCCUCACAAAAAACAUCAUUAUCCAUAACAUCAAAACAAUUCAGAAAUUGAUCAGAAUUAUUCCACAAGAUGCAGUUUUUGAUUUGUCUUUAUUGGGAACACGUUCUCUUGAAGGAUUUUUCGGAGAGUCACGUGAUUAUUCAAAAAGAACCACAGUAUUGGACUAUCAUAGAAGUUACUCAAACAUGAAAAUCAAAUUAGUGAAAAAAGAAUGUGUAUAUCUUUCAUACAAUAACGAUAGAAAGAGGAAAUAUUGUGAUGCCCCUAGUCAAAUUAACCAACAAAUUUUGAUGAGAAUGACUGAAAAACAAUUUGUUGACUUUAAUAAUGAAAGAAAGCAAGCUAGAGAAAGCGUGACAUCCAUUUCUUAUAGUUUUACAGAUCAAGAUUUAAUUUGUGCGAAAGACUUACAAUUGCGAUGUUUACAACAUCGUGUCAACUCCAUCCGUCAAUCAUACCAUCAGUCAAGACAUGACUAUAGGGCCGGAUUUGCCACCGAUUUCAUGGAGACAAGCAUUUCCAAUUACUACAACAUUUCACUUCCUGUUUUCCAUAUUGAAACAAGUGAAGUUUUGCCAAACUUAACAGAACGACUUACAUUAACCGACGACAUCAGUUUUACCAUUAUUCAAACACACGACUCAUUAAUUCAUGCUCAAAAUCAUAUUGCGGCAUUUUUGCUUAAAAAGCCCGUAGAAUUUGAAAUUAAGACUAAUCAUAUUUCUUUGAGCAAUGCAACCGUAGAGGUUCGCAAUUUCAAUGAGAAAAUGAAAAUGCAUCUCGACAUUCUGAACCAAUUAACUCAUUUAAAAUAUUUGUGGCACCAAAUCAGACGGAUCCAUUCAAAUUUAAAUUAA